UGUCUUAUAGCUCCCCUCCCAGUGGGGCAGGAGUCUGAGAGUGAGGAGCAUCUCUGUCUUCCUGUCCACCCACAGAGCCUAUGGUCAUGGCGGCCCUGGCAGCAGGAAUGUCCAAGCAGCGUGCAGUGGCUGAGKGUCUUGGCUCCAACCAGAACGCUGUGAAAUACUUGGGCCAGGACUUUGAGACUCUGAGGCAACAGUGCUUAGAAUCAGGAGUCCUAUUUAAGGACCCAGAGUUCCCAGCAUGUCCAUCAGCUUUGGGCUACAAGGAUCUUGGACCAGGUUCCCCCCAAACUCGAGGAAUCAUUUGGAAGCGACCCACGGAAUUAUGUCCCAACCCUCAGUUUAUCGUGGGUGGAGCCACACGAACAGACGUUYGUCAGGGUGGUCUAGGUGAUUGCUGGCUUCUGGCGGCCAUUGCUUCUCUCACCCUGAAUGAAAAGCUGCUUUACCGGGUGGUCCCCAGGGACCAGACCUUCCAGAAGAACUAUGCAGGCAUCUUUCAUUUUCAGUUCUGGCAGUAUGGAGAGUGGGUGGAGGUGGUCAUUGACGACAGGCUGCCCACCAAGAACGGGCAGCUGCUCUUCCUACACUCUGAAGAAGGCAAUGAAUUCUGGAGCGCACUUUUGGAGAAAGCCUAUGCCAAGCUCAAUGGUUCUUAUGAGGCUCUUGCUGGAGGGUCCACAAUGGAAGGGUUUGAGGAUUUCACAGGUGGUAUCUCCGAGUUUUAUGACCUGAAGAAGCCACCAACCAAUCUGUACCAUAUCAUUAGAAAAGCCCUCCGUGCGGGGUCUCUCCUGGGUUGCUCCAUUGAUGUCUCCAGUGCAGCUGAAGCAGAAGCCAUCACCAGCCAGAAGCUGGUUAAGAGUCAUGCGUACUCUGUUACUGGAGUUGAAGAGGUGGAUUUCCGUGGCUGCCCAGAGAAGCUGAUCAGACUCAGGAAUCCAUGGGGCGAAGUGGAGUGGACGGGAGCUUGGAGCGAUGAUGCACCUGAAUGGAACUACAUAGAUCCCAGGCAGAAGGAAGAGCUGGACAGGAAAGCUGAGGAUGGAGAGUUCUGGAUGUCAUUUUCAGAUUUCUUAAAGCAGUUCUCCCGCCUGGAGAUCUGCAACCUUUCCCCAGACUCUCUGAGCAGUGACGAGGUGCACAAAUGGAACCUGGUGCUGUUCAAUGGCCGCUGGACAMGGGGUUCCACCGCAGGUGGCUGCCAGAACUACCCAGCCACUUACUGGACUAAUCCACAGUUCAAAAUCCAUUUGGACGAGGUAGAUGAAGACCAGGAGGAGGGAGUUGGUGAACCCUGCUGUACGGUGCUGUUGGGUCUGAUGCAGAAAAAUCGCAGGCGACAGAAGAAGCUAGGGCAGGGCAUGCUUAGCAUCGGCUAUGCUAUCUACCAGGUUCCCAAGGAGCUGGAAAGUCACACAGAUAUACACCUGGGCCGGGACUUCUUCCUGGGUCACCAGCCCUCCACUCGCUCCGGCACCUAUGUCAACCUGCGGGAGGUGUCUGGCCGGGCUCGGCUGCCCCCUGGGGAGUACCUGGUGGUGCCGUCCACAUUUGAGCCCUUCAAGGACGGCGACUUCUGCUUGAGRGUGUUCUCCGAGAAGAAGGCCAAGGCCCUGGAAAUUGGAAAUGUUGUGGCUGGAAAUCCACAUGAGCCACAUCCCAGUGAGGUGGAUCAAGAAGACAAGCAGAUCCAGAGCCUGUUUGAGGAAUUUGCAGGGAAGGAUUCUGAGAUCGGUGCCAAUAAGCUCAAGACAGUUCUGAAUGGGGUGUUUUCCAAACGAACAGACAUUAAAUUCAAUGGAUUCAACAUCAAUACUUGCAGGGAAAUGAUCAGUCUGUUGGAUAGCCAUGGGACAGGCACCUUGGGACCGGUGGAAUUCAGGACGCUGUGGCUGAAGAUCCACAAGUAUCUGGAGAUCUAUCGGGAAACAGAUUAUAACCACUUAGGGACCAUGGAUGCCCACGAGAUGAGGACAGCACUCAAGAAAGCAGGUUUCACCCUCAACAACCAAGUGCAGCAGACCAUCGCCAUGCGGUACKCGUGUAGCAAGCUUGGCAUUGACUUUGAUGGCUUCGUUGCUUGUAUGAUCCGCCUGGAGACCCUUUUCAAAUUAUUCAGGCUUUUGGACAAGGACCAGAAUGGAAUUGUCCAGCUCUCUCUGGCUGAGUGGCUGUGCUGUGUGCUGGUCUGA